GUCCACCUUUGCCCUCCGCCAGAGCACAUGGCAUGUUCGUCACUUAUCUACCGGAGUAAGCACCUGAAAGAGAACCUUGGCUCCGAGAAAAUGCGUCUCUACUCUGGACUACCGUAUGCAUUCACUCUGCGGCAAAACAACUACUGGUUGAUAAUAUUUCAUUAUAUAUGAUCCGUGUGAGUUCCCGCUGAUACCCAUUGUAAAUUAUGCCGUAAUUUGACAGUGAAGCGCAGAUUGCGAGAACCCCGGGUUGUGAAAUGUGGAAGUACAAGACAGCGAGCACGUUGUAGGUCUUCAUUUGCCGACAAAACUGAUUGGAAUAGGCACAUAGGGUACUGCCCACAUUUAGGAACACCUAAUGCCAAUUGUACACAAAUUGACUGUAGACAAGGCCGUGAUAUUAUUCCAGUCGACACCGUCACAAUGUGUGCCGAUGUAGUGUCAUUAUCUUGUCGUCUGUGAUCGAAGGUGCGAAGACGUCAUUAUACCGCCAACUUAUCGCCGUCAGAGGAUGAGGUUGCGUCUGCUUAUUUCUGAGGUCAUUCAAUUGUUUCUCCUGCUACCGACCAUCUUCCGGCCAUCCGUUGCUCUCCCAUUCAAUUGGAGCCUCGUUAGCGACUUCAAUGUCACUGGCAACAUCACUCUCCCCGAUGGCAUGGAUGGUGGUGUGGACUACCAAUACAACAAGCUGUACGACGACUACGACAACGAGGACGAUGCAGAUGACAUGGAAGACACAGAGGUGGAAAUUGAGGACAUCAGUUUAGAGAACAUGCCACCCCCGGGACUGGCAUCUAUUGGGGCGGAGGGGAUUAUUCGUGACCCCCAUCGCGACCCCCCUGAGUAUAUGAUGGACUUGUACAACAGGUUUUCAGCCAGCAAGCCCUACAUCCAUCCCACCUCCAACAUCGUCCGCAGCUUCAUGAACGUCAACCAAGAAGACUUUGACUUUAACGGAACCAUGGAAGCCGAGUUGCCUGGUAACCACACACGAGUACACAAGCUUGUGUUCAACAUCACCAGCAUAUCAAGGGACGAGGAGAUAGACUACGCCAUGUUGAGAUUGUAUACACUGGUUCAGCAGGACAGGGACGCUUACGCAGGAAUUGACAGGAUUGUGUCGGUGCUCCAGGACCGGGGCUUCGAAUUGGGCCCUGAGGACAGGUACAAGAUAUUGUCCUCUCGCCAUAUCUACGGCCAUAAUAGCGGGUGGGAAGCGUUUGACGUCACUUCCGCUGUGCGCCUAUGGGCUGAGAACAUAAGCUGCGUCCAGAUUCUUGAGGUUCGCAUAGAGAGUGUGUUUAACGCAGUAACGGAUGGUGCUAUGGAUAUAGACACUGAUCCAAACCAUAGGAACGAACCCCUGUUGGUUAUUUUCUCAAACAAUAAUCAGAAACGGAGCCUUCGGGAGAAAGAGCUGCAUGAGCUGAUAGCACAUGAGCUGGACGUUGAAGACGAAGCAGUAGCUACGGAGAGCGUGCAUCAGCAUAGACACUCUAAUUCCACUGGGCAACUGUCUAGGUUUAAGAGAAGCAAGAAGAACCGCAGGAACAGUUGCAGAAGGAGCCUGUUGUACGUCAGCUUCCAGGAGAUAAACUGGAACAAGUGGAUUAUAGCGCCCCCUGGUUACCAGGCAUUCGAGUGCGUGGGGAAGUGCUACUACCCCCUCAGCGACCACCUCACCCCUACCAAACAUGCCGUCAUUCAGACCCUGUUCCACAACUCUCGUCCCAAGGCGGUGGCACGUGCGUGUUGUGUCCCCACCAAACUCAACCCCAUCUCCAUCCUGUACGUCGACGAGAACAACGUCAUCACCUACAAAUUCAAAUACGAGGGCAUGCAGGUGGCAGAGUGCGGCUGUCGUUGACGUCGUCGCCUUUCGGUGACGUCCAGGAACAAUGGGUCUUUAUGGAUGAAGUCCAGGUCUUCCCCAACAGAAGUUGGUUCGUGUCUCAAGGAAGGGUUAUCAAUAUAGAACUAAACAGGCUCUUUGACCUUGUGGAGGACGUCUAUUCAGUGCGAUGACAUGUCUGAUGUUGCUUAAGAGAAAGGGGCUACCCUACGGGUACUAUUAUCGUUUAUUGUGUUUUUCUCAUGGUGAAACUGCACCAAAAGAUAUGUUAACCGACUUGUAUUCCCGUUCUGGUGGCAUGGUGACUCACGGCUCGCCAACGUGUGACUUCCUGCAUGGAGCGCGCGACUGGAACAACCCGUGACUACAUCGUCAGUGACUGAUAGCGGAACUUGAUAAUCAACGUGGAACAAACGUGCACAUGAAGACGUACAGGCAGAGACUCGCCUCUGUGUAUGGAGUCUGCUUGUCGUGCCGAUCUGUGCAUGUUCAUUCCAGAGCGCGUCUUCCCGCUGAACCGUUCCAAGGUCACCUCGUGGUUGGGAAAACGCCCUGGGGUCUCAGCAGAAGAUGCCCAACACUCUCGCUGGAGGCUCGAAGGCUACACAAGGCGAGAUAGGACGCCGAAUUAUAUGCAUGAGACACCUUCUGGAAUAUUACGCGCCAACCACAGUGGUGCUGUUUAGACCAGAGUUUGCAAGUUUAACCAGGGCUUUUGUUACCUAAUAUGUAUAGCUGUCUGUGUGUACAGUACGGUAGAGCUUUGUUGCUGUGCAUAUUCCGACGCUCGCUGGCUAUUUGUUAUCAUGUAGUUCGCCUGAUGUACGAUAUCUGUGGUUAGAGAUAACCUGUACCUUAGAAUUGAUUGUUUGUUAAUGCUGACGAUUUGCAAUCUGAAACAUCCUUAUCAGCCACCGUACAUACGCCAGGCACGCAUCUUCAUCAGUGAUCUAUUCAGUAACCCAUAGCUGCUAUCAACGGCAUUCAAACUGGGUUAGUAUGCUGCGGAAUCACUUAGGCUACAGUUUUGUUCGGUAAGGUUUAAUACAGAUUUGAAAUAAAUAAUUAAAGUUCAAUUUUCCAUAAUAUUUCAAGCAACGUAGCUCAUGGACGUUUGGAGAUGUCUGGAGGAAUCAACGACGCAUCCUUUCAAAUACAUGCAUGCCCGUUACCCCGGGACAAGCAAUAUGCUCUCUGGACGAUUUUGCUGUCCAUCUCAGACCUAAAAUGUACGUCGUAAUAUAUUGAUAUUAUAGGGAAGAGAUAACAACCUUGAGCUUCAUCUCUGGGUAGUGAGUUUUGAUGCGGGAAAGUAUUUUGAGGGUACUAGUCCUUCAGGUCAGCUGUGGACUUAAGGGACCGGGGAAGGGCUAUGACUCAGGAAAGUGCCUGUCCUAGCAAGUUAGAUUCAAAUCGUUCAAACAUCACUUUGGUAUCUGCGGUGGAGACGCCUAGUGGUAAAAGUGUUCCUCGUCGCGCUUACGGGCCAGGGUUCGGUUCGCCAUGUGAGUACAAUGUGUGAUGCCAUUUUUUGGACUCCCUUACGUGAUAUGCCUGGAAUGUUUCUAAAAGCGGCGUAAAACCAUAGUCAUUCACUCGUUUACUAUCGCCUCCAGUUUUAUUAUUAUGUGCAUCAAUCUAACAGUUCAUUUUCAUAUACCCACAGGUACUGCUCUUUCCUCUAAAAGUGUUAUUUCCUCCUUCAAAAUACCAGGUAGGGAUCUUGACGUAGGGCCAGAGAUGAAAGAGCAAAUGAUCCGAUUUCUUCGAGAGAUCUUUUACUGGAACACAGCCAAAAUAUUUGUGAACGGUGCCUAAACACAGCUGUUAAUAAGUUACAUAAUUCAUACUGAGGGAAUUUCACCAAUAGAGGCUUGUGUGGCAGGGCAUAUUUUCCGACACCUACUGCGAUACACUUUCAUUCACACCAGGACUGUUGUCCUUGGAGGUUAACGUGUCGCUGUAGUGAUGGAUCUGUCUACUUGAAAGUGACCAGGGGUGUCUACCUGAUAGAGUGAAACGACAAACAUGUGUCUCGUCUCGACAAAGAUGAAGAGUCCAGGCCAAGACCACAUGCUGAUAUUAAGUACCUCUGUAUAUCCAAACCUACGUUUGGGUCCCUCAACAAAAAUAACUUGUUUUAUAAAUUUUGUGACGUUAGAUGUUUAGAAUUUCCUUUUAUGUUGCUUCUGUUUAUCUAAACAUACGUUUUGGCCUACCAACUAAGAAAUUUUGUUUUAUAAGAAUGUACAAAUUUCCUGCUUAUUCUGUACUUACCGCAACACAAGUAUCUGGCAACAAAACCUUCUUAUUCUGUUUCGGCGGAUAAUCUAAACUGGUUAUUUGUUUUUUACAAUUUAUCUUUUUAUCUAAUAUGCAAGUCGUGAGAGAAUACAUUGAAACUGUUAUGACGUCCGUUGCUCUUGUGCCUCCCUCUGUUAUAUCGUCCUUGCAUUUAACGUUACAAAAUAGUCACCAUAAUAUUUGAAGCGAACGUAAAAGGUGGUAGUCGGGCAUCCAACUGACCAGUCGUGUCCCUGGUUUGCUGCCCUGUCAAAGUCGUCUCUUCAUGUUUGCAUAAUUUAUUUUUUUUAAACAUAUCUGUGCAUUAACUAUGAACUAUUUUGUCUCUUUCAUCAAAUAUUUCAUGUCUUCCUUGUGUCUUCGAGGGGCAAACCGGAGAAGUGGUCACUUCGUUUUAAGACAAGAACUGAGAGGAGUGAUUUGGGUUUAAGGUCACUUAAAUAGUAUUUCAGCUAUAUCAUGGUGGGUUGGCUUGAUGUCGGAAGAAAAAUCCAAAGUAACACAGGUCUUGGACGAUAACCACUUUGGUGAAAGCCUACAAACCUCGAAGGGCGAACCGAAACGAUCAUCGAUUUCUGGCACGCUUAGGGAAUCAACUGCAUAGCUUAUUCCGGCGUCUUUGACGACUGGGACCCCGGUGCCCGCGUGCCGUGAUAAGUGCAGCUAAUUGUCAUGUGUAGCAAAAUAAACGACGUAUAUGCAGAACGGCCUGAUAUAAUUACAGACUACUGUAUAUACUAUGUGUUGUAGUACUGGACGCUAUACCUCAUGUGGGUGUGUGCUCAUAGUGGAAAUGGUGUGCUAUGAUUACAAUGUAAAUUUAGAGAAACAACUAAAUAAAGCCAUAUGUGUUUU